UCGUAGCGCAUGGCCUGCCGGGAGGGGCAGGUAGCGGGCAGGCAGGGUCCAAUGGGUGCGGGCUCUCCAGGAGAGGGCGGAGGAGAGAAGGAAGGAGGUGGACUCUGGGCUUCGGCCCCAUUCAUUGCUGCGGCUGGCCGGGCGGGGGUCCCUUGUUUUCGGAGUUAUGGAGGCGCUAAUUCCUGUCAUCAACAAGCUCCAGGACGUCUUCAACACGGUGGGCGCCGACAUCAUCCAGCUGCCUCAAAUUGUCGUAGUGGGAACGCAGAGCAGUGGAAAAAGCUCAGUGCUAGAAAGCCUAGUGGGGAGGGACCUGCUUCCCAGAGGUACUGGUAUUGUCACCCGGAGACCUCUCAUUCUGCAGUUGGUCCAUGUUUCACCAGAAGAUAAACGAAAAACAACAGGAGAAGAAAAUGACCCUGCUACAUGGAAAAAUUCAAGACACCUUUCUAAAGGGGUGGAAGCAGAAGAAUGGGGUAAAUUUCUUCACACCAAAAAUAAGCUUUACACAGAUUUUGAUGAAAUUCGACAAGAAAUUGAAAAUGAAACUGAAAGAAUUUCAGGAAAUAAUAAGGGAGUAAGCCCUGAACCAAUUCAUCUUAAGAUUUUUUCACCCAACGUUGUCAACCUGACACUUGUGGAUUUGCCAGGAAUGACCAAGGUGCCUGUAGGUGAUCAACCCAAGGAUAUUGAGCUUCAAAUCAGAGAGCUCAUUCUUCGGUUCAUCAGUAAUCCAAAUUCCAUUAUCCUCGCUGUCACUGCUGCUAAUACAGAUAUGGCAACAUCAGAGGCACUUAAAAUUUCAAGAGAGGUAGAUCCAGAUGGUCGCAGAACCCUAGCAGUGAUCACUAAACUUGAUCUCAUGGAUGCGGGUACUGAUGCCAUGGAUGUAUUAAUGGGAAGGGUUAUUCCAGUCAAACUUGGAAUAAUUGGAGUAGUUAACAGGAGCCAGCUAGACAUUAACAAUAAGAAGAGUGUAACUGAUUCAAUCCGUGAUGAAUAUGCUUUUCUUCAAAAGAAAUACCCAUCUCUGGCCAAUAGAAAUGGAACAAAGUAUCUUGCUAGGACUCUAAACAGGUUGUUGAUGCAUCACAUCAGAGAUUGCUUACCAGAGCUGAAAACAAGAAUAAAUGUUCUUGCUGCUCAAUAUCAGUCUCUUCUAAAUAGUUAUGGUGAACCUGUGGAUGACAAAAGUGCUACUUUACUCCAGCUUAUUACCAAAUUUGCCACAGAAUAUUGUAACACUAUUGAAGGAACCGCAAAAUAUAUUGAAACUUCAGAGCUAUGUGGUGGUGCUAGAAUUUGUUAUAUUUUCCAUGAGACUUUUGGGAGAACAUUAGAAUCUGUUGACCCACUAGGUGGCCUUAACACUAUUGACAUUUUGACUGCCAUUAGAAAUGCUACUGGUCCUCGUCCUGCUUUGUUUGUGCCUGAGGUUUCGUUUGAGUUACUGGUCAAGCGGCAAAUCAAACGUCUAGAAGAGCCCAGCCUCCGUUGUGUAGAACUGGUUCAUGAGGAAAUGCAAAGGAUCAUUCAGCACUGUAGCAAUUACAGUACACAGGAAUUGUUACGGUUUCCUAAACUUCAUGAUGCCAUAGUUGAAGUAGUGACUUGUCUUCUUCGUAGAAGGUUGCCUGUCACAAAUGAAAUGGUUCAUAACUUAGUGGCAAUUGAACUGGCUUAUAUCAACACAAAACAUCCUGACUUUGCUGACGCUUGUGGGCUAAUGAACAAUAAUAUAGAGGAACAAAGGAGAAACAGGCUAGCAAGAGAAUUACCUUCAACUGUGUCACGAGACAAGGUUGCAUCUGGAGGUGGUGGGGUUGGAGAUGGUGUUCAAGAACCAACAACAGGCAACUGGAGAGGAAUGCUGAAAACUUCAAAAGCUGAAGAGUUAUUAGCUGAAGAAAAGUCAAAACCAAUUCCAAUUAUGCCAGCCAGUCCACAAAAAGGCCAUGCUGUGAAUCUUCUGGAUGUGCCAGUUCCUGUUGCACGAAAACUAUCUGCCCGUGAACAGCGAGAUUGUGAGGUUAUUGAACGACUCAUCAAAUCAUAUUUUCUUAUUGUCAGAAAGAAUAUUCAAGACAGUGUGCCAAAGGCAGUCAUGCAUUUUUUGGUUAAUCAUGUGAAAGAUACUCUUCAGAGUGAGUUAGUAGGACAACUGUAUAAAUCAUCUUUACUUGAUGAUCUUCUGACUGAAUCUGAGGACAUGGCACAGCGUAGGAAAGAAGCAGCUGAUAUGCUAAAGGCAUUACAAGGAGCCAGCCAAAUAAUUGCUGAAAUCCGAGAAACUCAUCUUUGGUGAAGAGAACUAUAUAGCACUGAGACUUUUUUGACUCAAAACUUGCUAGUUACUGUCUACUUGAGUAGAAUUUUAUUUAUGAACUUCUGUGUGUUGCAAUGGUAUGAAUCUGCUCAUGUGAAGACUGGCUAUAAACUGAAAAGUGUACUCUAUUGCAGAACAAAUCACACAUUUAAUCCAAAUAAUAAAUGGCUGUUUAUAAAAUUUUCCAGUAUAUAUAAAAUACAUUCAAUGUGUCUUGUAAAUGAACUGUUAAUGUUCUAGUUGUACAAAGAAGUUUGCCUGUGGAUAAGAUGACCUGUGUAAUCCCUGUUAGUAGUCUUAAAGCUGCUGCCAUAGUCCUUCAAGAAAGUACCAAGACAACAUUUCAUAUGACUAAUGCAUGUACUAUAUACACUGAUGUGGGUUGGCAACUUCCUCAUGUAGAGUCACUAUAUUCCACCCAUGACUCUGUGAUGAACUCGCCAAUCCACAUCUUUAAUUCCACCCGUCCUUCAAUUUUUUUUUUUUUGAGCUGCUUUGAUGUGUAAGAAACCUGAACGCACAAGAGGAUCUGUAACGUUGACAAAGAUACUGUGUGGUUACAUAUCCCUUCCACUUCUGGGUCCACAAUGCCCUCAGUGCAUCAAAAUUUAAAAUACGCUUUGAUUCUUUCUUAAAACUGGAUUACAAUUUCCUGCAUUAAAAACAACCAUCUAGACUUGAUUAUCUAGUAAGACAUGGUAACGACGGCCAGUACUUUUUAGGUUUAGAGGAUCCAAUGGUAACCUUAAUUUUCCCUUAGUUUGCAAAUAUAGUACUCAUUAAGAUACAUCUGGGGGUGGGGAGAAAAAAAAAUACAUCUCUAAAGUGGGGCACUUACACCAGGUUCCAAGAUUCACUUUGAUGUGGGACUUAAAACCAAUCUACUCUCUGUAUUAGUUGGUAACAGCUACUUUUGCUUCAUACCAACAAAAUACAGUAGAAUAGUAUGAAAAUACUGGUGGAAGUUUAUUAUUUGAAGAAAAAACAUCUGGAUACACACUCCUAAAGGCUUACAGCUGUUAAGCUGCAUUCAGGAGGUGGGGGUGAGGUUUAAAACGCAUACAUAUUUUAUUAAAAUUCCCCAGGUGAUUCUUGGUAUGAACUACUAUAUUAUAAAUUGUAAGAUAAGGGUAGAUAUCCUUAAACAUCUAGCUCCAUCUCUCUCUAGCAGAUAACACAUUAAGGAAAUUAUACAUUGCAGAUAUUAUAAAAUUUCUUUUCAGGUUAUGACCAGAUGUUUAUGAAGGACUGUUGGCAGGGAAAAUAUGAAUGUUAACUUUAGCUUAUGGUACAUACCCAUUUACUAAGAAACAAUAGGUUCAGUGACUGGUCCCAAACAUAAAAAACCCAAAAUCAGUUUGAUAUGGUACUACUUUGAAUCUGUUAAUAGUACCAUAUUGACAGAAUACACACUACCAAAAUGUUUGUUAGCACACUUAAAAAUCACUCUGCAUCAUGAACAUCAGUUUUGAAAUUAGAACCAUCCAUGAUUUACUUUUUUCAGAUAGUAGAUCAAAUGACUACCAACGUAACCUUUUAAAUUUGUAAGGGGAAAAAAACCCCCCAAAACUUACAGUGGUUCUUUCUCCAGCACAUCAAACAUUUCAAAUUGAAAAUGCUGGCUUUAGAGACAUGCUAUAGUAAUGUACCUGCUAGUACUACACACUUUGUACAAAGAAAAACAGAAGCAAGAAACUUAUGGCAAGAGAAAAAACUUCCAUUUGUUUGUCCUUAAAUUGAGUGAAGUUCUGAAAUGUAGACAUGAUCUCUGACAUUUAUAAUAGAUACUUGUAUGUUCUUGCUGUGUAAAUAAAAUUGCUGGUAUGAAAUGA